AUGGCACACAUCGGCGCGCUGCCCAAGAUCCACCGCUACAUCACGGCCCAUGAUGAUAAAGGCAAAGCCGUCUUCAGCAAAGCCUUCAACGAGGAGAGCAAGAUGAAAGCCAACGACGACGGCAUCGCCUUCGCCCUCAGCUUCACCACCAAAGGAUUCCCCGUCGAUAUGAAUGACGACCAAGAUCUCGAUGUAUACGGCAAUUAUCUCAAGGACGCCCCAGGCCUCGUCGUCUCUGGUGGCACAGUCCUCCGUCACGUCGACAUCCCCCCGGACACAGCGUGCACGAUGCACCGGACUGUGAGCUUGGACUACGGCUGCGUACUCGAGGGCGAGGUCGAAUGUCUACUAGACAGCGGCGAGAAGCGAUUGAUGAAGCGGGGUGACGUUGCGAUUCAGCGUGGAACGAUGCAUCAGUGGAUCAACCACAGCAAGACCGACUGGACGCGCAUGUUGUUUGUUCUGCAGGAGUCGAAGCCACUGAAGCUUGCGGGCGAGGCGGUCGGCGAGGAACUUGCUGGGAUGGCUGGAGUGCGUUCUUCGGAUUGA